GAUUAACGACGGUUAGCAACGGGUAAAUGCGGAUUUUUCCGGUUAGCAUGAUAAGUGUCAUUUCCCCUGGUAAAAUGUCAUCUUUCUCAAUGUCUUUGGCACAACUCCGUCUAGAUAAGAGAUCCAUAUAAGAGAAUCUUUCCCGACCCGUUCAUGUGCCUUAGAUCACUCCUAAUUAGCAUUCAAAACCAAUAUUAGCUGCCUAUUUACCUUUCCGCCUAAAAAGAUCUAUGCAACGUUCCCAUUUUUUGCCAAUUCUUGCGUGGAGACAAACAAAGAACGCAACAGUUUUUGAAUCUUAUCCCAGAAUAAACUGCAGUAAGAAUAGCCACAAUUAGGUCAGCGUUCCCUCAGCACUUAUGAAAAGCAAUCAUCUUCUAGACUCAGUAUCAGUUUUAAGGUAUCGUUCUUUGGAGUCGAGUCUGCGCCAUCAUCCAUCCAUCAUGUUCUGCAAAUUGUUUUUGCUUUCAGCACUUUUGUGCAUUGUGGCUGCCGAUGUCGGGGAGGUACUGAACCGUCCGAAAGGACGUAUCGUCCUGAGGUCCGUUCACCUACGCCCUGCUGCCUACAAACACAAGCUCAGGGCCCGUGAAGUCGAUGGCGGUGAGACCGAUGCCCAACUGUUAGAUACCGUCAUCAUCGAAGACAACGCUGAUCCAGACCCUUUGGAUCCCAUACCCUUGGCUGUGGUAGACUCAUCGGACGUACCGGCUUCAGCAUUCCAGCUUCACGAGUCUCAUCAGGAUUUCCAGGGUCCGUACCAUUACGAAAAGCCAACCAUCGAGAAUGGCUACCUGGCACCGAAACCGGACGGUGACUAUCUGCCACCGCAUGGGCCGCGAGAUUUCGACGAUAGUGUGGCAAAGCGGAGCAUCAGAUUGAGAUUGCGGCCCCGUCAUUAGGAGUUAAUUUGGGACCUGGAGAAUGGAUGCAAGCGUGAAAAUGUUUGUCGAAUGAUUUGUCUUGUAAAAAUAAAAAUGGUUAUUUUAAUGGGUUGUUUAAUUUUCCAACCGUAUGUCGGCGUGAAAUUUCAGCUGAAACUUGUUACAAAUCUUACUUUAAUUGAAGAAACGAAAUUGUGGGAUCCUUCGGAUUGAAUAAAAAACGUUUGAGUUUAAUUUCUCGUAAUUCUUGAUAUUCUCUAUAUUCCAAAUGGAGAAAACAUAAAACUGCAUUAUUGUAACACCGUUGCCUUACAUCAUUUCACAUGUUGUAUCUCUCUAAGAUAUAAGUCACACCAUACGUUCUCCUUAUUGUUUAAUACAAAUACCCGACGGUCGUCAUGCAUCGUUAUAAGUUCUUACACUUUCGCUCAGUUACUUCCUCUGACAUUCCAUACAAAACCCAUCAUUUAAAGCUGCAAAAUCUCUCAGUCUAACGCAUUAUAUUUCGUUCACAUACAGUCACUCACAUUUCUCGUACAUUCGCAUCUAUUCUUUACUUGUUUGUCCUUUAAUUGAGAGGAUCACCGCCAUCGCCAAUGAUGAUCUGCCUGUAAUUCUAUCGCGUGUUCAUCCCAGGAAAAUAAUAUAAUUUUAAGUAGAUUGGUAUAUAGUAAUCUGUUGCUUCAUCACUUCUUAAUGUUUCUCUGUAGUGUUCAUCUGUUCGUCUCUAAAAUGCCUCUAUGUCUGGUCUCACCUAGGGUAAUAAUUCGAAUACACUACUGCUUCUUUCUAGUUGGGUAGGUAAGUGGUAGGGCGUUGGAAAGAUGUACUGUGUCAGGAAAAUUUGAGAUCCACACUUCGAAUGAUGUAUAAGAAAAGAAUAUUACAAAUACAUCACAGUCAAACAGACGUAUCACUUCGAGCAUUUUUCUAUUCAAAUCAUAGUCCCUAAAACAUGUUCGCCCAAUGCUAAAAGUAUUGAUUUUUGCCAACCAUCAACUAAGUAGCGAUUGUGGGCAAACGUCAAAAUCGAACAAAAAC